AUGAAUCGAAGUGAUUUAUUAUAUGUUCAAUAUGUAAAAUCAUUAGAUAAUCGACAAACAUUUCAUCUAAAUAAACUUCGUUAUGAUAUAUUUAAUAUUGAAAUUGAUAUUAGUUCUGUUAAUUUACUUUUACAUCGUUUAUUUUUAAAAAAAAACUUUGGUGGGUUAAAAAAAAUCUAUUUGCAUACAGAUAAUGAACCAUGUUCAUUUGGUUUUUGCGAAAGAUUUUGUGUUGAAAUGAUAACAGAUUCAGAUGAAACAAGAUUACAAAGUAAUAAAUCUGAUCAACAUUUAUCAACAGGAAGUCUUCAAUUAUUUGGUUUAAUAAUUCGUGGUCAUGCAAUACUUUCACAUGAAGGUUUACCACUGAAACGUAAAACACUUGAAUAUGCAUGGCAAAUGGAAAUUUUACUUGGUAAAAUUUCAACACGUUUAACAGUAAUUCAAACAGAAAAAAUACUUUGUUUUCUUAAAAACUUCCAUUUACAAAUGAUUGAAGAUGAAUAUACAUUAAUACGUUCACCUGUUAUGGAUAAAACAAAAUGGAUUGAAAAAUUUAUAUAUGAUGUACUUAGAUUUAGUUUAGAUUCAUUUGAUUUUAGUCUUAUUUAUUGA